UUGGGCGUGGUUUAUUUGUACCACGCCCAUAUUGUGCAAAGCUAAGGAAAAUGGCUGGCAAGGCAGCAAACAAGUUGAUGGCGAUCAUAGGAGACGAGGACACCUGUACCGGGUUCCUGCUCGGAGGAAUAGGAGAAUAUAACGCUAAAAGACACCCAAACUUUCUUGUAGUCAAUAAAGACACUCCUGUAUCAGAUAUUGAGGACUCAUUCCGAGCUUUUACUGGCCGGGCUGACAUUGCAAUCAUACUAAUCAACCAAUAUAUUGCUGAAAUGAUACGUCACAUUAUUGAUCAGCAUGAUAAAGCCAUACCCGCCAUUUUAGAAAUACCAUCAAAAGAUCAACCUUAUGAUCCGAGCAAAGACUCCAUACUGAGAAGAGCAAAGGGUAUGUACAAUGCUGAUGAUUUCAGAUAAACAUUUCAAGUAGACUUACAAAUUGCACUUUAUUAUUAGAAUUGUAUAAUGAUAGUGGUGUGUGUAGUAGCUAUAUCAUGCUAGUAAUUAGUUAUUAUUAUUUAUGAAUAUUGUACUGCUUUUAAGCAAUUCUGUUAUAAGAUGGAAUGUUAAAGUUGCUCCAAAA